CUAGUUCUAGUUCUAGCCUCUACCAGGCUUCCAGACGCAGAGCUAGACAUUGGCCACAUAGAGAGAUAAGAUGCCAGGGGAGUUGGUCUGCUAAGGGAGAACCUUUGCACUCUGACGUGAUAUGGAGUCACUGACCCCCAUGUAUGGACAACCAGACCUGGAGCAACACAAGCACACACCACGUAGACCAGUCGCUAACGGACGCCUGCCUUCAGGAACCCUGCGGUAACCUGGUCUCUUACGACUCCGACCUGGACUACAUCGGUCUCUCGCUAGGAGGUCGGGCUAGCGAAGAAGUGCGGGAGUCAUCGAAGCACCUUGCUGGGGAGAUUCGAAAGGACCUGAAACAAGUCUUUUCCUUAAAGCAAGACUACUAUAAGGACACCCCCGCCCUGCCCCUCCCCGCGGUAAGCACUGAUAUGGACUCUCCUGACAUUUACCCUUCAAAACUGAACCUACCAGGUGAGGUACGUGCCGAGGAAAGGUCACAGGGAGCGAGGUUCCAGUCCGCGGCCUGGGGAAAUGAAAUGCUGAGGUCCUUCGCCGAAACUCUCCAGUUACCAGAGUCUACUCUUACAGGUAGUCCGACUGGUGACCUCCCCCCUCAGUCAGCGGAUCAGACCAUUGCCGAGGCAGAGAGGCAGUACAGGGAGAGGCUUCAGAUUCAUAUACAGACUCAACAGAGACUGUACCAAACCUGGAGCCAGCAACAAACUGAACAGCAGACAAGCCCCCCAGCUGCCAGGCAGUCCCCGUACAUGUUCGAACCUCCCACCAAGCUGCCAGCAGCAGAGAGAGAACCCACAGUCACCAACACCAACAACAACAUGUCAACAACAAUAACAACAACUGAGACAACGACAGUGGAACCCCAGUCACCCUCCCCCGCGGAGAACGGUGACGUUGCGUACUUCGGCGGGGUGAAACUCUUCCGUAGUCCCGUGGAGUCGGUAACCACGGUGAGGAGGACGACGCCCUCGCCAACGGUCAGCACGGACAAGCCUCGGCACAAGAGCAAGAACGUGGGAAGGUCAGUGACGAAGAAGAAGCCGCCGAAAUCGAGCACAAGGUACCACGAGAGCCGUCGAUCGUCCUCGGGAAGCCAGGCAAGCAGCCAGGCCAGCGAGCGCGUGAGGCGUUCAUCGUUUAGCAGCCAAGCGAGCGACGUUAGCACGACCACCACGGCAAGUUCGAGCACGCUGACGGGACAGGAGGAUGGGGGAGGGACCGAACAUAGCGGGUACUCAAGUGAAGAAGCGAUCCGAUCGACGCCCAAGAGGAGAGAGAGCGAGACAAGCACAGACUCGGAAAUGGCCACCCUGGGCCAGUCCCUUCUGGCCUCACAGGUGAGCCAGGAGACCAGCUAUGUCCAGAAGGUGGCCCAGUGGGGACGAGCGGAAACAAACUCUCACGAUGGCCGGGGAGACGAAAUCGACGGGGACAAGACGCCCCAACCAGAACCCUCCAAGAGCACCGAUUCCGGAAUCGACAUUCCGAUUGACGGCAUGGCCGUGUUCCAACCGAUCGGAAGCUCCACGCCCUCCAGGUUUGCGUCAACCAAUCAGAACGGACAUACUGCGUCAACCAAUCAGAACGGGCCAACUGUCAUGCCCACCGCAAACAGUGUCGGAUAUCUCGUUCCAGUCAGGCUACAGCAGGACACAGAGUACGAACAGGUCGUGUACUCUUCCACCAACCAGGAAACUGUCGAGGAACACUCCUUCAGCGUAACCCACCACAACAGGCUUAUGGAAGAAACCACGGCGAUGCUGAGAGAAGGGGCAGCCAAACUCCAGAAGGCCCUGAUGGAAAAGGCCAAGCUGGAAGGCCAGCUGGAGAUGCUUUCUACAGAAGCUGAGACGGUGAUUCGGGAAAGAGCUGAACUGCAAUCACAGCUGGUGGAGCUACAGAAGAAGCUUGACGAGCUCCAAACGAGCGGUCACGGGGAGACGAAAGACACGAGGGCUCUCUCGAACGAGCUGCAAGUUGUGAAACAGAACAAGGAGCACCUGGAGAAAAUGCUGCAGGACCUACAGCUGCAGCUGGAAAACAAGGCGCAGACGAUACAGGUGCUGAACGAUGAGCUACGCGCAGCGCACGAGUCAAACUCCAAGCUUCUUGAGAAAGCGGAAGAGCUGAAGAGGGAGCUCGAGGGGAAAGAGACAAACCUUGAAGAAAUCAAGUCCCAGCUGUCAGGACUACAGGUCCAACUGAAGGAAGUCCAACAGGAGAGACUGCAAGCUCAGAGCGAACUAAACGUAGCGCAGGGCGAUGUGGAAUCAUUGGUGAGUGCCAAGGACUGGUUCCAGGAGCAGCUGAAGUUCACGCAGGAGGCACGGGUGCAGCUACAGAGCGAGCUCACCACGUUUCAGACAAGCUACGUCUCGCAGUCGGCUGUCUUGGAGCAGCUGAAGAGCGAAAAUGCGAACCUCCGUCAGCAGGUGCUGGACACGCAGCAGGCUGCCAUGAAGGGGAAGGAGGACCUCGCCAAACACCUGGAAAUGAUCGAGGCCGAGAUGCUUUCCCGGGAGGCCGCCUUCGAACAGCUUCAGCGUGAGAAGACCGCCAUCGAAGACACCUUCUCCGAGCGACUCGAGUCCAUCCAGGGGGAGAAGGCACAGCUUUCCAGCAUCGUGUCCACGGUGAGCGAGCUACAACACGAACUAGAGAACGCGAAACAGGAGCUGCGCAGGAAAGUCGCUGCAGUAAACGUGCUAGAACGGGAGCAGAGGGAGCUGGUAAAGAGACUAACCCUGACUCAGGAGUGUCUAGCAGAGAGGGACAAGUCUAUCGAGUCCCUCCAGGGGAAGUCUGUGGAAGCUGAGAUGAGGCUCCAGGCAGCGCAGGGCGACGUGAGAUCCAAGGAAACCGAGAUCCAGGCCCUCCGAGAGGAGAAGACAGCCGUGGAAGUGGCGAUGGCUGCCAUACAGGAGGAGAAAAGAAGCUUUGACACUGCAACCAAGCAGCUACAGGAGGACAUGGGGAAGGUGGAUGUGAGAUUCCGCCAGAUGAAACAGGAGGUGGCCACCAAAACAGAGCAGCUGGAACUGGUGCUACAGGAGAAGAACAAGCUCCAAGCAGAGCUGUCAGCCCUGCAGGAGGAGUUAUCUGAGCAGCAGCACCAUCUGGAGACGUACAACAGUACUGCAGCCGGCAAGGACCAGCUUGUGGAAGAGAUUCGAGCCAGCAGAGUGGUGCUGGAGGGAGAACUGAGCGGCCUCAAGCAGCAGCUGCAGGAACUGCAGGAAAACUCCUCCCUGAAGCAGAAGAUGGCUGACCUGCAGAGCUCCAGCCAUCAGGAGUUGGGCAGGCAGAAGGCGAAGGUUCUGAAGCUGGGAACAGAACUGAACACUGCUCACCAGGAGCUACAGGCACGACAGACUUCAUACGAGAACACCGUCAGCCUACUCUCCAGUAAACUGCAGAAUGCUGUCCAGGAGAAGGAGCAGGUGGAACAGCAGCUGCGUCUGCUGCAGGGACAGUUUGAGCAGGAGACAGUGGAACAGCAGGGACAGCUGAACACACAGCUGCAGCAGGCACACUACGAGCUGGACCUCGCCAGGCAGAGGAAGGAAGGCAUCGAGAAACAGAUGCUACAACUGCAGGCGAGCACCCACAGUGAGAUCGAGACUUACCGGCAGCGUAUUGUGGUGCUGGAGCGUGAGCUGCAGAGUACCCGGGAACAGACAUCAGAACUGCGCAGAACGGAGGAACAAAACCAGGAACUCCUGCUGCAGCUGGAGAGGGAACGUGGCAGGCUGGCAGGAGUGACCCAGAGCCACACGAGUCUGAAGCAGCACGCCUCGCAUCUCGAGGCCGUCUUGGCACGGCGGGAGACGUCUCUCAAGGAGCUGAGCGCCCAGGCGAGACAGGCGCUGGAGGUGAAGGAGGUGGAGGACAGGCGUGCCAGUGAGAGGGUGCAGGAACUGGAGACAGCGCUGAAACAGGAGAGGGCAACCAGCAAGGACCUCAGGAAACAGGUUGCAGGGAAACACUCCGAGAUGAAGCGGGUUGAGGUGAGACUGCAGACGGUGAUUCGGGAGAAGGAGGAGCUCAUCCAGACCUGCCGAGGGAAGGACGGGGAGGUGGAGAGACUACAGCAGGAGCUGGCACAGGCCAGGCAGGCAGAGGCACAGCAGGCAGAAGAUGCCCGUCAGCUGCGCACACGGUUGCUGGAGUCCAGACGACACGUGGAGCGGCUGCAGAGACAGCUGAACGACAAGGACGACAAGGAGCCCGUCAUCACAGACCAGAUCAAGAACCUGCAGUGGCAGGUGGCCACACGUGAGAAGGAGGCAGCAGCCCUGAAGGAGAAACUGCAGCUGAGGGAGAAACGCCACGCCCUGGAGAUGGACAACAUGAGGGCAGCGUGUCAGGUGUCUCAGAAGGACCUGGACUCCUUAAGACUUGAGCUGUCGUCUGCCAGGAAGGAGAAGUUCAUCAUGCAGGCUAAGAUGUCUGAGAUGCGGGCGGCGCUCAAGUCUUCCCUCAAACAAAAUCAGACAAUCAAAGCACGUCUUGCCAAGAGAAGUGAGGCUGAGAAGACGUCUCCUGAGGACCAGACGUCGGUGAAGGCCCUGUCUGCACUGGAGGCCAUCAUGGCAGGCGUCAGUCUGGACGUUAAAGUGGACGAAACUCUGCUGAACCCACCUUCCUUCACUCAGGACAGCAAACCCCUUAGCAUCCUGCAGUCCUGCCUGACGACCCUGCGAGGUGAGAUGAGUGCCUUACAGAAACAGAUGGACGAACACACAGCCACUGUCAUCAACUCUACUCAGUCUUGGAGGCACAUUGAGACUCAAGUCCAAGGUUUAAAGAUGGCCGUUUCUCCUCCUACGACCCCGCCCAAGUCUCCAGACGUACCACCUCCUCAAGGACCAUUUCAAGUACCCACUGAAGGAACAACUCAAGGAACAGAACAAGGGCCUCCAUUGUCCCCACCUACCAUGAAUGGUGUACAGACAUUGUGAUUUAGAGUCCAUUACAGGGGAGCAUGUUGGAAGAACGUACUGCACCUGCGCAAAACCUGUGGGGAUAUGUAUAGUUUUA